GACCGAUCUAACCAAUCACCUCACGGACCCGAUUCGUGGACAGCCUCAUCCUCACACGAAGGCUAUCUUCACUGGCCUCGCGCACAAAAUGCUGUGGCCGAGCGGGUGAGAGGAAGAUGGCUGCCACCAGCCUCAGCUCCUCCCCGCCCAGGGUUACUGCAAAACUAGGAGGAGUCCCCAGAUCUUCUUCGUUCUACACCCAGCUCACCUUCUGCUCGAGGCAUCCCUUUCAGAAGAAGGCGGCUGCUACAGCUUGCCAGAAGCUUCCAUCCGACCUUCUCCUGCUCUCGCGGGCGAGGAAUAAGCAUGCAAGGACCAGCUGCCCGGCCACGGACAACGACCAAGAGGCGCCGGCCGCGCAAGAAACAACAACCGCAACCCCUCCUCCGGUCACGCCCACGCCGAGCGCCCAAAAUGCCCCGGUGACACCGGGCAACGGCCAGCCGCCGCAGAAGGGCGCCAACGGCAUCCCGCCCCAACCGUCGAACGAGCCGCCGAAGCGGGUGCCACUGACGGCGCGGGAGCGGCUGCGCGCGGCGCGCGUGCUAGGCAAGUACGCGGAGCCGUCGGCGAAGGGGGCGUCGUCGGCCAAGCCGGAGUUCGGGAGCGGGGUGCUGGACGCGCUGCGCGAGGCGGACGCGAAGAAGGCCGGGGGCGCGCGUCGGCGGUCGCGGCUGCCCGAGGCGCCGGGCAACCUGUUCGACGACAGCAAGCGCGGGCUGCCCAAGGAGGGGUGGACGUUCGAGCUGCCGUUCGGGGUGGACGUGUUCCUCGUCCUCGUGUCCUUCACGCUCAUCACCACCAUCAUGUUCGGCACCGCCUACCUCGUGUGGAAACUCGGCGCCAUACACUUCAAUGAGUACUAGCCUGCAGUAGUCUCUAGCUAUGGGUCGUCAUGGAUGGCAAGGGGCGUACUAUACUGCCGGCCAUGUUUUGAGGCAGAUUUUUUUAGAACAUAGAAACGGUGUGCUUCUAUGAAUCCGUAGUUACUACUUCAGACUUAUUUAUUGAAGCUAUAAGCAAUGAUAAGCUUUGCUAAUGG